GAUUGAACAACAAUUGUUGCAAGUGUCCACCUGGGACCAGGUUGGGUGACAGCGGAACCUGUGAAGAUCCCCAGUGUACACCUUGUAAGAGUGACGAAUAUAUGACAUCGUACAACCGGGAAAGAAUAUGUCGUCUACAACCAUACUGUGAUCCCAACCUAAACUUUGAAACACGAGCUUAUUAUGAUCUGACUAAGAGACACACCUGUAGGUGUAAAGACGGAUUCCAUUGUUCUGAUUUCUGUAUUCUAUGUAUUCCCCAUACCACAUGCAAAGAAGGCUUUGUCCCUAUCUCCCUGGGUAAUAACACUCACGAUGUUCUGUGUGAGCCUAUACCGGCUCAACCAACUACUUUUAACCCGGGUGUAUUACUUGGCGUGAUUGCUGUCUUGGCUGUGGUCGUGGUAGUAAUUGCGAUCUGCAGAAAGAAGGUUCGGAUUCAAUGUCCAGAUGUAGUUCAAAUGGUACGAGGUCUUAAUGAUCUUACGGUCCGGAACGCACAACCAGUCGCUGCUGUUGAUGACAAAGAAGGACUCCAGACAGACCGGGCUACACCACACGUGUCCGAACUGAGAGAUGCUAACCAACAGGGACCUCGUGUAAUUCAGUGUAUUUGUACUAUACCAAAGAAAGUAUGCCUCAUCACAUUCAUGGUCAUAACCUUGACUUUGGGACUGAGCUUUGGACUCGUUAUCGUGGUGGACUGGGGCUUGGCAGCUUACUGUGACACUUCGGUUUCUGUCUACACUUUCCCCUUAGGUCAUUCCAUAACAUCCCAUGGCCUUGGACAGUUGGAGGCUAUACACAUGUCCAGUUUUUUGAACAGAUGCAAACGGCAAAAUGAGUUCACUGUACCCGGAACUGUGAGGUUCAACAAGGCUAUCAAGUGCGUCAGGACAACCAAUUACCAUAAAAAAGGCAAUUCUGGCAAACACUCACGAAGGGACAAUGAUGGCUCAAGCGAUUCCAUUUCGGGACACCUGGGAGCGUCCGGAUCUUUAGUCGGCAUAACCGCUUCGGCAGAAGCGUCUUUCAGCAAAACCGAUGCGGUGGAAACCAUGGUACAGAAAACCGUGUCGACCAGCAACAACGUAGCCAUCUCUCUUACCACUUACCAUUGUGAAGUGGGUUCUGUGAUGGUUUCCUCAUACACGCCUAGUAGCGCCUUGAAAAAGGACAUGGACACACUGAACAAAGACCCUCACAGCAAUAUAGAUGAAUUCCUACGAGAGUGGGGCUACGCAUUUGUGAGCUCUAUUACAGUGGGUGGAUAUUACAGUUCAUUCAAUAUCUUCUCAACAUGUAACAAAGACGCUAUAGAAGGCCUGGACUCUGCCACAGAGCUCUGUAAUGAAUUAGCUGUGAAAACAGAGGUGACAGGUGGUACGUUUGGGGCCAGUGCCGGUUUUUCAAAGGUUAAGUGUAACACUGAAGGACUGUCUGAGUCCCAAAGAGAAAUAUUGACGAAGAUUGACAAGGAAUCUCAGAAACUUCAGGUUGGCGGUGAUACUUUGGGCGGUGAAACGGAUUGGGAAACCACAUUGAAAAUGAAUCCCUACCCAUUGAAGAUGAAAAUUACUCCAAUAACGGAGAUUGAUGGAUUCUCCAAGGACGCUGUAACCCUGAUAAAGCGCAGAGCUAAAAGUGUUCAGCUAUCUGUGGCUUCCUUGAUGGAAAAGGUGCCUGAUUUGACCAGACGUUGUUAG